AUGCGAGCAUUCUCAAGAGUGAUAUUCUCUGCCUGGUUUCUACUCUCCACAGUUUGGAGUUUAGAUAUUACUAAAGACAAGAUUGAUAGAGGGACAAUUACCAUCAAUAAUGAGGAUAUUACUAUACGUUCUGGGGCGUUUUGGUCUAUUGUCAAUAACGCUAUAACAAGUUUUAUUUCCAACGUCAACGUUGAACCUGGUGCUGCUUUAUAUGUGUCCAGUGUGUCUCUGCAAAUUUCCUUGACAGCCACACUCUUGGGGGAUACUUACUCCAUUGUUAAUGAUGGUGUCAUCUCUUUAAAUGCUAUCACCGGUGCUGCUUACUAUUUUUUUGAUAUCAUGGGUAAGUCGAUGAUUAACAACGGUGACAUGUUUUUAUCUGGUUCUGGUGACACCGCAACUACUGUUUACAUGAAAGCAAACAAUUGGCAAAAUUAUGGUUUGAUCCAAUUGUACCAAAAGAAGAGAACGUCUGGUGUUGUUUACUUGGGUAAUCAUGGAUUGACUGCAAACAACAAUGGUCAAAUUUGUUUCUUUAACCAGCUUUGGUUACAAACCGCCAAUGUACUUGGUACUGGUUGCGUUACAGCUACAGCUAAUUCCUCGUUCUAUUUUUCAAAUACCGCUUUAACAAUUUCAUCAAAUCAAACUUUCUAUUUGGCAGAUGGUUCUACAUCCAUUGUUGCAUUAGGAUCAGUCACACCUUUGACCUUCACAGUCAAAGGUUUUGGACAAGUUGAUGGCGUUUCCAACAAAAUCGGUUUAGCUGCUACACUUUAUAAUCCCAAGUCUGGUCAGAAUCCGUGGUUGUAUAAUGCAACCACUGAGAUUUUAACAUUAUACGUUGGUAACUACGUACAAAAUUUCAAAAUUGGUCCUGGCUACAACGAUACCAAGUUCUCAGUUGUAACAGAUAAAGCUCCAGGUUUGCCGGGUCCUGAUUUGGGUUCCGUCAUGUACAAUGGUCCAGUCCCAAACCCGGGAUUACCUGUGGAAUGUAAACCGUGCAAGUCUAUUCCGGCAAUUCCGGGAAUUGACGCGACUUCAUACACCACGACAUUGACAACAACAUCCGCGGGCUCCAUCUAUACCGACAACGCCAUUGUAGCCAUCAGCACAAAUACAAAUGGUAUAUUUACCACUUCAACUGUAACAAGAUACCCCCAACCGCCAACUUCUUUGUUUUUGUCAACAUGGACAACUAGUCAUGCAGAUGGAUCUUUGGAGACUGGAUCAGGAUUAGUAACACAAUCAGGCACUUCAUUCAGCACUUUGUUUACAAUACCACCCCCAGUACAAACCAAAUUUACGUCGACAUGGACCACGACCCACUCGGACGGAUCAGUUGAAACCGAGUCAGGCCUUGUUUCGCAGUCAGGCACUUCGUUCACCACGUUGAGCACUUUCGAACCAGCUGUUCAAACUGAGUUCACCAAGACGUGGACCACGACCCACUCGGACGGAUCAGUUGAAACCGAGUCAGGCCUUGUUUCGCAGUCAGGCACUUCGUUCACCACGUUGAGCACUUUCGAACCAGCUGUUCAAACUGAGUUUACUUCCACAUGGACCACGACCCACUCAGACCGAUCAGUUGAAACCAAGUCAGGCCUUGUUUCGCAGUCAGGCACUUCGUACACCACGUUGAGCACUUUCGAACCAGCUGUUCAAACUGAGUUCACCAAGACGUGGACCACGACCCACUCAGACGGAUCAGUUGAAACCGAGUCAGGCCUUGUCUCGCAGUCAGGUACUUCGCACACCACCUUGAUAACGUAUAGGAUAUCGUCAGAGGUUAGUUUUUAUACAAGGUGGGUCAAUUCCAGUUCUAGUGAUAUCCCUUAUAGUGGAACAAUUGGAGUAUCCGAAGGGCCAUCUAACCGGAUAAGUUCGUGGCUUACAGUAUCAGCAUCGAAAGGGGGUGCUGAUCCUAGUACAUCUUCAAAUAUUAUGAGCACUGAGAGUGUAACAACUGGAGUUGUCAGCACAGAUGAUGGUGUAACUGGUAUAAAAAGUGAAUCGGUUAUUGCAAGCGUUAGAACAGUUGAGGUAUCUGCACCUGGCCCAACUUCAGGAAUGGCCACAAGUAAUGAGAGUGAUAUGAGAGGGCCACAAGAGACCGGAACUUGUUCAGGAGAUCUAGUUUCUAGUUCUAGCAUUGAUUCUGAGCCCAUUGUCGGACCUGGUGUUGUGUUGUCUUUCCCAAUUGGCUCGGUUGUUGCUACUUCUGGAGAUAGUUCCCCCACUGACGUCAGCAAUUCUUGCUCUGACAUCCCUCGAACUGGUACUGUUGGUCAAACAGGAGAAGAAAACACAGGCGUUGCAUCAUUGGGAGCUGGUGCUGGUUUAUCUGCUGGUUCAGCUGUUGGUUCUGGUGGUAGUGUGGGUGUUGCAGAAUCCACAAUGAUGUCACAAACAAGAGGCUUACUCAGUGUCAACGAAGACCCUACAGCUGUUGGUAUUGUAAGUGCUACAAGAACAGGAUCAGUUACAUCUACUACAGUUGGCAGUUCUUACGCUCAUGUUACUGCUCCCACUGCUACAGCAACUACGUAUGAGGGGUCAGCAUCGACCUUGAAGAUAUCGUCAAUCACAAGUUUGCUUUUAUUGCUCAUUUUUUCAUUGCUUAGACCCUGA